AUGGUUUUCAGAUCUCCACUCGACUUCUUCUCAGCCUCCCGCCUCCUCCUGCCGCACUUCGCGGAUGGGCCCUCUCCCGUGGCCCGCUCCCGGUCCCCGGAGGAUAGUCCCUCCUCCGCCUGCCCACCCAUGGCUCUCCCUGGACUCUGCUUCUCCGCGGCGCAGAUCGCCAGUGUGUGCGAGACCCUGGAGGAGACCGGGGACAUCGAGCGGCUGGCCCGCUUCCUCUGGUCCCUCCCGGUGACCGCGGACGGGCGCGACUCCAUCUCCGAGCACGAGUCGGUGCAGCGGGCCCGCGCCGUGGUGGCGUUCCACACCGGGAGCUUCCGCGAGCUGUACCACAUCCUGGAGAGCCACCGCUUUACGCGCGCGUCCCACGGCAAACUGCAGGCCAUGUGGCUGGAGGCGCACUACCGGGAGGCCGAGAAGCUCCGGGGGCGACCCCUCGGACCCGUGGACAAGUACCGCGUCAGGAAGAAGUUCCCGUUACCCAGGACCAUCUGGGACGGGGAGCAGAAGACGCACUGCUUCAAGGAGAGGACAAGGGGGCUGCUGAGGGAGUGGUACCUGCAGGACCCCUACCCCAACCCGGGCAAGAAGCGGGAGCUGGCCCACGCCACCGGACUGACACCGACCCAAGUGGGGAACUGGUUCAAAAACCGGAGACAGAGGGACCGAGCGGCAGCAGCCAAAAACAGGUUGCAGCACCAUAUGUGUCCAGACGGUGCGCGGGCACUCAGUGGAGGAGAGUGCAGUCCGGACGGGAGCGGCGAUCGCGCGGAUGGACACACUCUUCUCUCAGUAACAGACAGUGACUCUGACUUGGAUGUCUGA